GUGACACCGUGGUCCCUUUAAAUCUUCUUCUCUUGGCAGCUCCAAUUUUUCAGUGUUGCUAUAGCAAAUCUCCAUGGCAAUGACCCUAAAUCAGGGAAGGGGGGAUGCAGGGGUAACGCAUGCUCAGAGGAGCUGCUGGAGCCUCCUCUCCUCUCCUCUCUCAAGCUGCUCCAAGGCUCUGACACGCAGGCGAAGAGGAAGAUCAGACAGGGAAGAAAAAAGCUUGAAUUAUUGAUGAGAACCAUGGCGUUGCCGUCUGUCUGGAGCGCGGUGCGGGUGGUGAUCCCCUUCACCUUGCUGCUUGGCCUGCUAAGCAUGAGGCUUGUGGGGGCCAGCCAGGACUCUGGGAGUGUCAUUCCAGCAGAAAGUCGUCCCUGUGUCGACUGCCAUGCAUUCGAGUUCAUGCAGAGGGCGUUGCAGGAUUUAAAGAAGACAGCGUAUAACCUAGACACCCGGACAGAAACUCUCCUCCUGAGAGCAGAAAAGAGAGGCCUGUGUGACUGCUUUCAUGCAAUACACUGAAAUAAGAGCUGGGAUGUGACCAAUGGACAUAUAUUAAUUUUUUAAAUGCCGUUCAGUAAAUUACAGGAAGAUACAGAGUGCAAGUUUUGCCACACUGCAAGGAAAACAAUUUUUAUCCAAAAAGGUACAGCUCAGAUAGAUACUUUUUGCUUUGAUGUGUUUCAUCAUUACUGUAUGUGCCACUGCAUCUGCUGAAAUGUCAACAGAAGAAACAGUGCCAAAGUCUCACUCAUGGAUUUUAUGUACAGAUAAUAUCUCACUUUUCUGGUAUUUCAAGCCAAGAAUUGUUUUUGGACUUUUAGGCCAACCCCUCAGCACUUGAGAAUUGCUGCAGAGCUGUGAGAGUCAGUGGAGUAAAAUUCUUUAAUAUAUUUAUGGGACAAAAACAUGAAAAGGAAGCUGCUUUGCAAUGAUCCAUAGCUAAACAUUUACAAACAAGCAGUCAUGGAUUUAUAUAGCUGUCACUGACUGCUUGGCAGCCCAAGGAAGGUGUUUGUUCCCAGCUUUAUCAGUAGUUCAGUCCCCAGCAAACACAGUAAUCUGUAUCACAAUUUUGGUUUCUUCAGAGCCAUACAGCAGCCAUCAUCUUUUUGGAGUGAUUUAUUAAGUAUCUACUGUGAUCAGUAACAUCUGUAAUCACAUGAAUACUGCCUGGCAAUUGAGCUGAGUGUGUCUGCCAAAAUCUUCUGGAGAGGGGUAUUUCAUUAAGCAAAUCACAUACUGGAUUGAACCACUCAAACUGGCCUCUCCUGAGAGUUUUGGCAGUGGGCCUACAAAAUGCCUGAGUGCUCAGGAGUCUCCUGAAAACUGUAUUUUGAGAAAUAUUUAAGUUCUAGCAAAAUGGUUCAUAGCUCUUGCAUGGACUUCACUCUCUGUAUCAGUGAGUUCCAGUGCUGGUACUAUGAAUAUUCCUGCUGCAGUCAGUGUGAGACAAGAGAGAACAAAAUUUAGGAACAUAGUAAUAGCAUCCCUAGACAAGAGUGUACCUGUGAAAAAGAAUAGCAAAUCUUUUUUUUUAGUGUUUUCUUUUUUUCCUUUGUUGGAGGGGGGAGCAGUGGUUUUCAACAGCAGUGGUUUUCAAAGUAAUUUUGCCAGUUGUUAUUAAUAUGUCUGUCUUCCCAUAAGUGGCUGAUGCUCUGCUGUUAUGGUGGUAGCUGUCUGUAUGUUUCCAAACUACUUCUCUCCCAUUUUAUCUACCACAUUAGGCACAAGGGAAUAGGGAACUGUGACCUACUGACAACUUAUUAUUUUGUGUGCAGUCAUACUCAAUAACACAAAGAAGUGUACUGCCAUAUAGUCUGCCAAAGUUGUUUGAAAGGCAGGUGGUUCUCAGCAAGGAAAAGCUUCUUUGCACCUGUGUUUCAAGUAGGAAAUUUGCUUUUUCCUUUGUAGUAUUUUAGAAAAACCCUGUGUAUGUCAUCAGGACCCAGUCUGCAUAAAAGAGAAGCAGCACAACACAGCAACACGUUUCUGGUAUCACUGCACUCCACUGCAGCUGAUGGAAAGCAACAGAGGUUCUUAUCAUGGCUCAUAUUUUAUUUUACAGAUAAAACAAUAGAUUUCACACAACUCUUUUUCAAGGUACCAGCCCUAGCUUACUUUACUCCAACUUAAAUUUGCACCUAAGUAACACAUAGACUUUGAGUUGGCUUUUCACUGGGGGAUUUCCAGCACUUGAAGCUGGGAGUUUUCCAGCACAGCUCAACCCUUCUGAGGGGCAGCAUGUCUGGGGUUUUGUACUGCUGUUGUGCAUGCUUAUUCUGCUGCUACCUUAAAGAAUCUUGCAAAGUCCUGCUAGCAAGCACUGUCUUUUUUGGAUGUGUGUUCAUUUAGAAAAACAGUUGUGCACCACUGAGUUUGGAUAUACAAAGCUUGUGACAAUAAAGUUGGAAUGAAUGACAAACGGAUGUUCUCUGACUCCCCAAGGGAUCAGUGACACUGCAGCUUUAGAGUUGAGAUGGCAGCAACUGUUCUGUGUGUACUUCUCUUUGUCCAUGCUACAAUACAAUAAAAAUGCAGGAUUCAUUAUAGUAUCUGGUGUGAUUUGUCA